AUCAUUCUGUCCGCUGAUCAACAGUUUUAUGUGUCCAAGAUGGCCGCCAGAGCGGAAACUUCGGACUUGUAGCAUCAAAUCAAACUUGCGGAGAAAAAAACGACUCUUUCUCCUCGGCCUACAUCAACACUCCUGUGGCACAGCAAGCCGAGGAUGACGUUUGUCACCAGCAAGACCGCCGAGCACGACGCCUGCAGAGCGAUGGCAAACCCCAACAGGCUUUAGGAGGGAUUGUGAAGCCAGCAUGGACAGCUUCUUCAAGGCGGCUGUUUGUGACCUGGACAAAGUGCUGGAUGAUUUUGAGCUGAGUGCAGAUGAAGUGGACUGCAAGACAGUCUUCCGCAAGCCUCCACCACACAACUUCACCACUCUGGGCUCCUCCGAGGCGUCCGGCGUGCCCUCCAACCCGCCUGACCUCAGUUCUCUCCGUUACGACGUCGCCAGCAGCAGCGGCAGCGGGAGUAGCUGUGCAGAUCAAGACGGAGAGGCCAAAGUUCAGCCUCUGACCGGCGUGGACCUGCUCUCCUCCGUAGAUCACAGCGCUGCUCAAAGCUCGGCGCCUCCCUGCCCCGACCGGGCCCUCAAACCCGUGUGCGACCUGGUCAACGACACCAGCUCGGCGGUCCUGGUCCGAGCCGACAGCCACGAUGCCUUCAGUGAACUUGACGCCGCCGAGAAGCAGUUGGAGGAAAAUCAAUUGGAGGAAAAUGAGGAGGAGGAGCUACUUUUGGACUUUAGCAACCUAGCGCUGGCUGAUCCAGACGCGCCCAGUCAGAACUCAAACUCGCACCAGCAACUUGCAGAAUCCUCUUUGAGUCUUCUGGAUAUCAUUCUUCCUGCAUUUCCUGCAGAGGACGUGCAAAAUGAAGCGCAAGAUGACGACGAGGCCCAAGAUGAAGGCUACGAAGAGGAGACUCAGGAAGACUACGCGUCCUCAGAACCGCGUAACCAGGAUCACCAGCACCCACCCAAAGCGAGUGCUCAAGCCUCAAGCGCCUCAGUCGACAUUGUCGAACCAUCAGGGCAAAGUAAAGAGGAGUCUGUGAAAGAUUCUGACGCUGAAGCUUCUGCGGGCAGCCCUCAGCUCCUGGAGCCUGAAGAGCAACAUGAAGAUGAGGAAACGGAGGCAGACUCUCUGUCAGCUUUGGACAAUUCCUACCCUGAGGAACCCCUCGACUCCGUAUCCCAGCAGCAUUGCCUUUUAGAACCUCUUGCCCUCGUCCCUCCCGCGGAACUUCUGCACUCGGAGCCCAGCCCGGUGGAUCCUCUGGAGUUUGGCUUCGAGUAUCUCCCAGAGAGCGACCAGGGCGAGCUGCUGGUCACGGAUGAGGAGCUGGACGCUUUCCUGCAGGCCCACAGCGAGGCGGAGCAGGCCAGCAGCAUCGCCUGCUGCAGCAGCUCGUCUGAGGCCCUCCAGUCGGAAAACGUGGUCUCGCCGAACAGAAAUCCGGAGCAGGUGCUUGCGGACGAGGAGCUGAGGAGCUCCAGAGAAGAUGUCGAAGGCCUCGCGUCUCCAGAAAGUGACAGAAGCUUGCAUGCGUCAUCUCUGGCUCAGGACUCGCCAUGUCAGGAAGAUUCCUCUAGAGGGAGCCAUUUCUCCACCAGCAACUCUUUACAGUCGGAGCAGCAGGUAGCCUAUGGAGGGGCAAGACCCAAGCAGCUGCUUUCCCCCCCUGCCAAAAAUCUCCAAUCAGCAGAGGUGGAUGACGAGCUGCCCACUUGUUCAUCGAAACUGGAGGACGAGGACGAGAGUCCACACACAAGCCUCUCCUUCCUCCCUCAUUCUCUCAGCAGCCCGGUCUACGCUGCUCCGGAGCCCCCGGAAUACACGGCGGGUUACGACGAACUCUCCGAGCCGCCGCCCUACCCCGGCGAACCUUCCGCCGCGGAGGGUAACGUUCGUCCCAACAGCUGGAAGAAGGGCGGCGCCGAGGAGGAGCUGGGAAGCUGGCAGCCCGCCUGGGUGCCCGACUCGGAAGCCCCCAACUGCAUGAACUGCUCGCACAAGUUCACCUUCACCAAGAGGCGGCAUCACUGUCGCGCAUGCGGCAAAGUGUACUGCGCGGCGUGCUGCAACAGGAAGUACAAGCUCAAGUACUUGGAAAAGGAGGCGCGCGUUUGUGUGGUCUGCUUCGACACCUUGCGAAGAGCCCAGGCCCUGGAGCGGAUGAUGAGCCCCAUGGGUCCUAGUCCCAACCCCAACGUGCCAUCCGAGUACUGCAGCACCAUCCCGCCCCUGCAGCAGGCCCGGGCCGCCGGCACCCUCAACUCGCCGCCACCUACCGUCAUGGUCCCCGUGUCGGCGCUCAAACACCCAAGCAACGAUGGUUGCCCUCGCGAGCACAAGCGGGUUUGGUUCGCCGACGGCAUCCUGCCCAACGGAGAAGUGGCCGACACCAGCAAGCUGUCACUGCCCGGCUCGCGGACCUCGCAGGAGCUCGCCGGCGCACCGGAGGAAAUGACGCCGAGCUCUGCGGGUUUGGACGGCGAAAGCGGCGGCCACUUGAGUCCCGAGGUUCCAGAGGGGGUCUCGUUACCCCCGUGUGGCCCCUGGCACUACGCCCUGCUGGCGGGUUUGGGUUCUGCGGUGAGGAAGGCCUCCAGUCUGCUGCCCGACUGUGAAGACCAACUUCCGCCUCUCCUCAUCAUCACCGGAGAGGACACAGCAGCGGACAUGUUGGUGGAGGAAAGCCCCGCCCCUUGCCAAAUUCAACGCCUCUUGGAAGAAGGGGGUCCUCGCCCUUUGACCUUUGUCCUCAAUGCCAACCUGCUGGUGAAUGUCAAGAUUGUCACAUACGGCGGGCGUCAAUGCUGGUGCUUUGGCUCCAACGGGCUGCAGGCUCUGGGCCAGAGAGAGCUGGUCUUCCUCCUGGAGUGCGUCCCAGAAGACCGAACUCUCCCCAGAGACCUUUUCAUGCUGUACCUCAGCAUCCAGCAGGACGCCCAAAGAGGCAAGUUUGUGGACGACCUGGACAACGUGACCUUCACCAGCAGCUUCCUGGGCAGCAAAGAUCACGGCGGGAUGCUGUUCUUCUCUCCCACCUGUCAGCCGCUGGAGGGCCUCACUCUCCCCUCGCAACCUUUCCUCUUCGGCCUUCUCAUCCAAAAGCUAGAGGUCCCCUGGGCCAAGGUGUUCCCCCUCAGGCUGCUCCUACGACUCGGGUCCGAGUACAACGUGUACCCCACCACGCCCGUGAGUGUGCGUUUUCGGGAAUCGGUGUAUCGGGAGACGGGACACACCAUCAUGAACCUACUGGCUGACCUCAGGAACUACCAGUACAGCCUGGCGUCCGUAGAGGGUCUGAGGAUCCACAUGGAGAUGGGCCACAGCUACAUCGACAUCCCCAAAAGCAGCUUCAGUGAGAUGCAAAGGGUGGUGAGCGGCGCCAACGAGCACGUCAUCAGCAUCGGCGCCAGCUUGAGUCUGCAGGCAGACUCCCACUUGGUAUGCUUCCAGAACGAGGACGGCAGCUAUCAGACGCAAGCCACCAGCAUGCCCGGCAAGGCGCGCACAGUGACGGGGGCCAGCUUUGUGGUCUUCAACGGCGCUCUGAAAGCCUCGUCGGGGUUCAUUGCCAAGUCCAGCAUCGUGGAAGACGGUCUCAUGGUGCAGAUGCCUCCAGAGACCAUGGACGCCUUGCGCACGGCCCUGCGCGAGCAGAAUGACUUCAACAUCGCGUGCGGGAAGACGGAUGAGACAGAGGUCCGGGAAAACGUCACUGUGCGCUGGGUUGACUGGACCUCACCCGUCAACGCCGGAAUGACGAGCGGCGUCGACGGGCGAAGUCUGGACGGCGUGCGCAGCAUGAGGACCCAGCAGGAUGCCGAGUUUGAGAGCGACGGGCGCGUCAUCAGGUGUUCGGAGGUCUUCUACCGGCUAACGUCCGCCGAGGGCAGCCUGGCGUCGGUGCUGCCGGCGUGUGCCGUCUUCCAGAAAGAGAUCGCCAUGGCCGCCUGCGGGGCUUUGACGCACCAUCUCGCCGCCCUCGCCGCCAGUGCCAUCAACUCGUUUAGCCUGCGCGUGUCCACGCACAACGACAUGGUGGAGUACCAGGCCGGUUGGGGCGGCCGCCUCCUCCCUCAGCGCUACACCAACGAGCUGGACAGCGCCCUGAUUCCUGUCAUCCACGGGGGCGGCACCGCGGUGCCGCCAGCCGCCGCGGAGAUGGAGCUGCUUUUCUACAUCACGCACGCCAUUUAGACACGCACGCCACUAUGGCGGGAUCUCAGACAAACUGCGGGCGGAGCCAGAAGAGGACGACGGGAAGUCGGAAAAACCUUCAGGCGGACUGGCGAGGGAACCGCAAGUAAACACGAAACACUACACGGUGAUUGGCCUAAUGUAAGAUUGAGGAGCCGAGUGGAUGGUGCUCGCCCGCCUUGAUGUUUUUGCUCUCAUUGACUCAAUUUUGCUGUCAGCAAAGUGUCAAAAGCAAACCUGGAGGAUGGCAAAGGCUCAAAAACGUGAAUGUGAUGGAUGACAUUUGAUUGACAGGUGACAUGUUUGUGUGUGUGUGUGUGUCUGCAUCUCAAAGACCAAUGACUUAAUAGCUCUGAAUUGAAAUAUGAGGACACUAUGUUGAGGGCUCGGCAGAGCAGUUUGUCCAAGAAUGACCCAAAAACAAAAUCACAAGCUCGACAUGUUCACGUUAACAUUUUGGAUCGUGUACAAGUUUGCGCCACGCAACAAACAAGUAGACAAAGUGUUGACGCGCAAAUUUAUGGCCUUUGUUUGUUGCUGAAAAACUCAACCAAUCAGUGUUGCGGUCGAACAAAAGUAGUGCUUUGGCGCCGUCUUGUGGUACCUUGGUGAUGAGACAUGUUGACUUAUGUGUCGCUGUUUCAGUUUGUCAGGCCAUAGCUUUGCUUUUCGGCCAUCUUGGGCGAUUUUUUUGUGUGUGUGGCAGACGAUUUCGGAUUUUUGCUCUCAUAUGUGAACGGAUUUUUUAUUAAUUAAGAAAAUGAGGUUGAGGAUCAGAAACAAGGAUCUGUCUUGUAGUACAGUACAUUCAGGGAUGACUUAUAACGACAGGCGCCACAAGAUGGCAGCAAAGCACUACUUUUGACCCAAUUUAACAGUAUUGAAACGCUCUUGUUUUCUGGUUCCGUCGAUUUUGGACAUCAGUCCAUUUUCUCCUGCACGUGUCUUUUUUUUGGCAUGCUUGUGAGAGGACGCCGAGCCCAGCUGACUUUGGAGUGAUAGGCAGGGUGAAUUCUGGACUGGUCGCCAGCCAAUCACAGAUUUCAAAGUUCCCUAUCUAUAAAUGACAGGAGAUUAUAUUCAUUUGUGGUGAUGACCAAGUGUGUGAAUUGUUAGCAAUCAGCUCAAUGCGCUAGUGGUUAGCGCGUCUGCUUCACACUUGGGGCGUUCUGGGUUUGAAUCCGUUUGUAUGUUCCCUGAGCACUUGCGCGGGAUUUUCCUCUCGCUUUCCAAAAAUAUGAACUUGCCCUUAGGUGUGCUUGUGAAUGGUCGUUUAUGUCUGGGUGCGCUGCGAUUGGCUGGCGACCAAUCCCUAGUUUGCCUCUUGGCUCGUCAGAUUGGAAAGGCAAAUGCUGUGGAAAAUGGAUGAAUUCUAUUACAGAUUUUGCUUUUGUAUUUUAAGUGAAUUUGAAAAGACACCCAUGAUAAAUUUUGACGUUUUAGUAGUUUGGGGUGAAGACAAACCAAAAUUGGAUUUUUGUCACAUUUGGACAUCUCGCCCCCCUGCCGUGCUGACGGUCUAAUGAUCAUGAGUAAUUCUGAAUGUAGCAACACAGCAGCUUUAAAAUCAUGAGAGUUGUAAGGGUUCAAAGGUCAUAUCGUCACCAGCAUCCCCAGUCUCGCCGAGAUGCGCGACUGAAAAAAUUUGGACCUGAACCGGACCUCUGGGGGAUCCCUCGCACUUACUGCAUCGUAGUGAGGCCAAAGUUUCUUUUCAUCUUGAAGUCUUUGUUGAAUAAAAUAUGCAUAAAACAGAU